GAGCUCGAACCUCCAGCAGAAGUAUCAGUCAUCAUGGCGUCGCGAUGGGGCGGUCGCUUCGUACCCAACGCAGAGAAUGAGCUGCGAAGGGCCAUGAAGGAACCAGUAAAGUGAGUCAAGAGCCCAAUCAAAGGCCCUGCCUAUUCCUGCGGACGCGAUGCUGGCGGAGAGACGCAAUACAUACCAGCGGCCAGUCACAAGCAAGUCAGAUAGCUUCAGUUGGACUUGUCCCCCACAGCAGGUUGGACGUGUGCUGAUCCGAUCCAAAACUUAUCGUGGAUGCCACUCGUAUCACACCUAUGUUGACAGCGUCUGGCGCAAAGAGUGGGUUCAGGUUUCACCGACGUCGACCUACUCGGUCCUCAAAUGGGUCAAGACAGACCAAAUCGUCGACUUCACGCUCGACGCCGAGGCUGAGCUCGAGGACGACGCGGGUCAACAAGAGCUCGACGAAGAAGCGCGAGAGGAUGAAGGGGAAGAAGAGGAAGGAGUGGGGGAAGGAGCUGAAGCCGGAGAAGGCGAAGUGGAAGUGGAAGGUGCCACAGCAGCUUCUGUGUCGGAGGCAGCUCAAGCACAAGCUGCGGAGGGUGUAUCUCAAGCGCAGGAAGAGACCUCGGGAGCACCAACAGAUGGCGUACAGCGGCAGCAUCAACAGCAGCAAGGCAGGAAAGCGGAGAACACACUCUCUGCAUCUACAAGCGAAGAGCAGCCGUCUCAGUCACAUGUUGACCAGCUCGAGCUGGUCGCCGAAAAGGCCAACCUGCCCGCGUCGGAGACCGCAACCGAUACGCAAAUGCAGACCCAGACCCAGACUGCCGCAAGUCUACAUCCACCAACAGAACCGUCGAGGGAUUCUGCAGAUGUGACAGCAUCUACAGCCGCAGCGGAAGCAGUAGCUAGCGGAAGCAAUACUGAGUCUAACGCUGCCGAGAAUGGUUGCUUGGGAGAACUCAAGACCGACGUCGAGAUGGCCGAAGGCGACAGCGACGAGGCGCUCGUCCCUCCGCUGCAAGCAAGCGCACUGCUCUGAGGCAUUCCAGCAGAAUCAUCGUUAUCAUCAUCCACAUCAGACGAUUGAUGCGCACCGUGCUCUGCGUGCGCACAAUCUGUUUCGAUUGAAAAGCCGUGCUCCUGUACAUGUAUUCGACCGCCUCAUGUAGCAUAUCCCAGCAGGCUUGCAAGCUCAGGUCCUACCA